AUGGGCCUCAGCAACUUUGUCGCCAAAGCGUCGUCUGCCGUGGGAGGCGCGGGCGCUGCCCAGUCGCCCUCCAAGGGCGCCUCGGUCCCUCACGCUCCGAGCAACGAGGACAAGAUCCCUGAAGGCGCAGCAGCAGACGACGUCGAGCAGCUCGACGAUGAGCCUCGUAACAUGCUCCUCGCGCUCAUCAGCCAGCUCCGCCCGGGCAUGGACCUCGCCAGGAUCACCUUCCCUGUCUUCGUCCUCGAGCCGCGCUCCAUGCUCGAGCGUGUCACCGACUUCCACUCGCACCCUGAGCUUCUUCACGGCGCGUUCAACCUCGGCGCACCCGAGGACCGCUUCAUCCAGGUCCUGCGGUACUACCUCGCCGGGUGGCACAUCAAGCCCAAGGGCGUCAAGAAGCCGUACAACCCGGUCCUCGGCGAGUUCUUCCGGUGUCGGUACGACUACGCCGACGGCUCGGCCGCCUACUACAUCGCCGAGCAGGUCUCGCACCACCCGCCCAUCUCUGCCUGGUACUUUGCCUCGCCCGAGCAGGGCCUCGAGCUGAGCGGCGAGCUGCGCCCAAAGAGCAAGUUCCUCGGCAACUCGGCGGCCAACAUCAUGGAGGGCGAGUCGCACGUGCGCUUCCUCGACGGCGUCGGCGCAAAGGACGGCGAGUACGACAUAACCAUGCCCAACAUGUACGCGCGCGGCAUCCUGUUCGGCAAGAUGGUCCUCGAGCUCGGCGACUCGAGCAUCGUCCGGAACGAGACGCUCGGCCUGUCGUGCGAGGUCGAGUUCAAGACCAAGGGCUUCUUCUCGGGCUCGUACAACGCGAUCGCGGGCAAGAUCAAGGGUCCCAAGGGCGACGUCGGCGAGAUCUCGGGCCACUGGAACGAGCUCAUGGAGAUCCACCGCAAGGGCGGCAAGGGCAAGGAGGUCCUGUUCGACGCGACCAAGGCCGACGUCGUGCAAAAGUCGGUCUCGCCCGAGCACCAGCAGGCGCCCAACGAGUCGCGCCGGCUGUGGACCAAGGUGACGGCCGCCAUCAAGGCCAAGGACCUCGACGCGGCGACCGACGCCAAGACCGAGAUCGAGGACGCACAGCGCGAGGCGGCGAGGGACCGCGAGGCAAAGGGCGAGCAGUGGGCGCCGAGGUUCUUCAAGCCGACGGGCAAGGGCGGCGAGUGGAGGCCGGCUUUCAGGUGCGUCCUCGCGGCUCUCUCUCUCUCUCUCUCUUCCUCUCGGCUCGUGCUGUACGUCGAACCGACCUGA